AUGCCUUACUCAUCAUUACGCCCUUACUCAGCAGCGCAAAGCGAGACAAAUAGAUACAAAAGCUUCCUCAGCGACGACUGGGAGCUCCAUUCAUCCCCCCGUUCUGCGACUAGAAGAAGAAGAAAAAUGGGUCGUCGUCCCGCUCGCUGCUACCGCUACUGCAAGAACAAGCCGUACCCCAAAUCGAGGUACAACCGUGGUGUUCCCGAUCCCAAGAUCAAAAUCUUCGAUCUGGGCCGUAAACGCGCCAACGUCGACGAGUUCCCCUUCUGCUGCCACCUGGUGUCGGACGAGUACGAGCAGCUGUCGAGCGAGGCGCUGGAGGCCGCGCGUAUCUGCGCCAACAAGUAUGUGACGAAGACGUCGGGCAAGGACUCGUUCCACCUUCGCGUGCGCGUGCAUCCCUUCCACGUUAUCCGUAUCAACAAGAUGUUGUCCUGCGCCGGUGCUGAUCGACUGCAAACCGGCAUGCGCGGGGCUUGGGGCAAGCCGUACGGCACGGUCGCGCGUGUGGACAUUGGGCAAAUCAUCCUGUCGAUCCGGUGCAAGGAGCAGAACGCGCCGGUCAUUAUGGAGGCGCUGCGUCGCGCACGCUACAAGUUCCCCGGCAGGCAGAAGAUUAUCGUGUCGAAGAAGUGGGGAUUCACGAAUGUUGACAAGGGCGAGUACCAGAAGCUGAAGGCGGACAAGAAGGUGUUGCAGGACGGAGCGUAUGUACAGUUCAUUCGGCCCAAGGGCCCCUUGGAGCAGAACCUUCGCAACCAGCUUCGGGCGUGA